CGACCACUUCUCAAGCUUCACUCACUGUAACUCACCUGAAAUCUUCCAAUUCCCUGCGAACAAAACAUUAUGGAAAGCAGAAACAUCACCAAGAGAGCCACAUGUCUUUCUGUCGGAAUCGAUUUUGGAGCCAGUAAAACAGUGCUUUCCUUCCUACGGUCCAGUGACGACAACAUACGUCCUCAUCUUCUCUCGCUCCGGGGGGAUACAAUCAUCCCAACGGUGGUUGCUUACCCUUCGAAAGAGCCAUGUGUUAUUGGAAAAAAAGCCCUACAGUAUCCGAAACGCAUCUCCUGGCUCAAACAUAUAUUGUAUGAGUCUAGCAUCCUGGAUAACUCCAACAAGACAUUGGUGCAGGAUCUCGUUAAGCUGGCAAUCGAUCGACUACCUAGAGAAAAGCAAGAUAAUCCGUAUCUUGUGGUGGCAGACUUCUUAGGCACGCUGUUACAACACUUCCAGACCUUUUUGGAAGGAUAUCCUGAUCUUAAAACACUGCCACGGGUCUAUACUUUCACAAUCCCGGCCACCUGGUCGGAACACGCCCGCUCGAUGAUGUUGAACGCAGCUCAACAGGCGGGCUAUGGACGCCAGAAAGCAACCAUUCGCUUCACCACCGAGGCCGACGCUGUUGCAGUCUAUGCAGCAAAUAAGAGUGGUUUGAAUAUGGGGCAGUUCAGUCAGGUGAAUGAUGGUGUUAUCAUCUGCGACUGUGGCGCCAGUACAAUAGAUUUAACUGCAUUCUAUGUCGACCAGACAAGCCCCUCUUUUGAGUGUCAAAUGUUAGCAGCAUCGAACAGUAGAAUCUGUGGGGCUCUUGAGCUUCAGUACCUAGUCUACGAUAGGUUGAGUCAGUUUCGCAGCACCAAAGGAAUUGGAAUUCCAAACCCUGGUGUGCCGUUUGCCAGAAGGGCUGACUUCAAUUUCCCGGCCGGUUCUACCUCAAACAUAGAUCUGAACGUCCUAAGUAUUGACUCAACAGUAAAGGAUGAAUUGUACGAUACACUUAUCAGAAGGAUUGUUUGCUAUAUUCGGAACCAAAUUGACUGCGCGAGCUUAUGCGUCGGGCGCGAUAAGAUCAGAAGGCUACUGUUGGUUGGUGGAAUGACGGUAUCAGAUGAAAUCUCGACCAAGUUCAGAAGCAUACUUGGAAGUGAUAGCAAAAUCACGGUCUAUCAACCACCUGAACCAAUCGAUCGGGUGCACGCAGUUUCCUUUGGUGCCACAUUGUGUGGCAUUAGGCAAACGCGACUCAGCUUCAAAUUCUGGAAACAUUACUAUAUGGUCUGCUCCAACUGGGAGGAACUUCUAGAAAUGUUCCCCAAGGGACACUCAUUCGAUGAUGGAACUUGUAGGGAUUGGAGAAUCACCCUGCCACGCAGUGGUGAAAUUGAGAUUGUGGAGAGUGCUGAACCGCUGAGCCUCAAGCACGUCGGCAAAAUCACUUGCGACUUUACACGAGUGUCGGGAAAUUGGCAAUUGGUAACAGUGUUGGUCAAUUGCCGAGCCACAGUGAGAUUCGAAGACCAAGAUUUCCCUUGCGAGCGCAUGCUUCACCUUGCGGUCUAUCACGGAGAAGGUUUGAACAAGCGGCUUGUUGCUCACAAGAGAUUACUCAUGCAGGGUAUGUUUUGA